GCAAUUUUAGUGGUUUUUAAAUAGUAAAAAUUGCAAAAAUGUAGUGAACAAGGACAAUGGAUUUCGAUGCCGAAAAAAAUUCCGUUGAAAAUGUGAAAUUUAUAGCUUUUUCUUUGUUUAAACUACUUGCCUUCGACUAAUUGGGGAAAGUGGUUAACAGCAGACAGGUCGGAAAAAGUCGGGCGCCGCUGUUAGGUAGACUGUUAUGUUGCUGCGCUGUAAAACGAACGAAGUUUCUCUACAUCGGUGCUGUCAAACAGUUGCAGCGCUGUUAAACAGUUGCAUUUUAACAACAUGGCCCUGUUAAUUUAAAAUUUAAGUGCAUAUUUUAACUUGGUGGGCUAUGUCAGACGGAUGCGUUCUUAUUGGGAGCAAUGAUAAAUUUCUGAAAAAAAGCAAAAAUAAUCAGGUUAAAAAUUUAACUAAGGGUCGUAUAAAUAUUUUAAAAGAAUAAUUUAAAAAUUUGAGUAAUUUGCAUUCAACAAAGGAGGUCCACCUUGCAAGGCGUCGCAGUUGACCGCACACAUGGAAUGUGAGAUACAAAAAAUAUGGAGCCCGAGGAAUAUUAAGAAUUGGAACAUUCGACUCUGCAUUAAAAGUGCAUAUGUGUGCGUUGCACACAUCGUGCAGGGCCAAUGCCGAUGCAUGCAACUGCUUAGCAGUUUGAUGGCAUUUGCCUGGUUGUAAGUUGCAACAAAACGUUUAAUCGCCUUUUUAAAUGUGCAGUUCGUGCCUUCAAUCGGAAUAUACUGAGUCGAAUUUCUCUUUUACUAUUUGUUCGUUGUUGAGAAGUGUUUGCGUUGGGAAUUGCACACAAAUGCAGUAAUACCCUUUGGAAUUUACUUAUCCCUACAAAAUACGUGCGCUGUGGCAUUUUAAGCCAGUUAUUUGCUUUUUUGGGUCAUAGCUUGGCACUCGUCAUACUCUCCAAAUAUGACCUCACUUUCUAGACAACAAAAGCAACAGACUACACAGAAAAGAAGUUGGAUGAAUCAUCGUCAUCAUUUGGACUACUUGAACUGGCUCUCACUAUAGCAGGAGGUGUACGCUGAGUUUUAACUUUAAUUCUGAUGGCAUUGGUAUUUAUGAACACUAAGCAACAAAGCUAAGAAAUCAUGCGGCAAACACGCCGGGAGGCAUUCUAAGUAUCUAACCACCCAAAUACCAAACGGCCUACGCUUGCGAAGGUAAGAAAUUAACAAUUGAAUGCGAUCCAGGCGACCUGAUUAACCUGAUACGCGCAAACUAUGGACGGUUCUCGAUAACUAUAUGCAAUGACCAUGGCAACGUGGAAUGGAGCGUGAAUUGCAUGUUUCCCAAAAGUUUGACCGUGUUAAAUUCAAAAUGCGCGCACAAGCAAAGCUGCAGUGUGUUGGCGACGACGAGCAUGUUUGGCGAUCCCUGCCCUGGCACACACAAAUAUUUGGAGGCACACUAUCAAUGCAUAUCGGCCUCACAAACAUCAACUACCACAAAUCGUCCAAGUCCGCCAUGGGUUUUGGCGAAUAACCCACCGUUGCUUGCUAAUGGCAGCACGCUCAUCAAUCCGAGUGCUCCUCUCCAACCACCGGGGCCCGGUCGCCUGCCAUUGCCCGCUGGUGCGGGUGCUCCAGCCGCAGGUGGCAUAUGGCAUACGCUACCGCCAACGCCGGGCCCACCGCAACCCACCUUGCCGGGUGGCCGGCUAAAGGGUAGCUACAAUACAACGGCGAUAAAGAAUUCUAAUAGGCAUGACGGGUUACCACCACCGCCGCCGUUGCAUCAUCACCACCACUCGGGACAUCACCCAACGUCGUCAGGGGAUGCGGUCAAUGCGGCUGAUGCUUCAGGGUCCAAUACUCGAUCACAAGCGAAAGGUGAUGCAGCAAUGCGAACGCCAAGUACAAAUCAAACCAAAUCCUACACGGGUCCGUCCAACACAACCACCUCUCCCAAUACACGUAUACUUAGCGGGGUUGGUGGCAGUGGCACAGAUGACGGCACCUUGCUAACUGCUAAAACAGCGCAAAAUCGUGGCAACCAACCGCAGAGUACAGCUACCCAACAACAUGUCACUGGUGGUAAUAAUAAUAAUUUAAUAGGCACCGCCACAGAUGCUGGCAACGGAGGUACUGGCAUCCGCACCAUCAACAACAUAAACAAUCUCAAUUUGGGUUUGGGUGCGGUUGCUGAGGAUGAAACGAAUAUGUUCUGUGGACCCACAAAUGCACGUAAUUUGUUCUGGAAUAUAACGCGUGUUGGCGAUGUAAAUGUGCAGCCAUGUCCAGGCGGUGCCACAGGCAUUGCGAAAUGGCGGUGUGUGCUCAUGAAGCGCGUCACGUUUAAAGAAGACGUUGGCGGUACACCAGAGCCAACUACCAUGCGCACAAUGCUACGCUCUAAUUGCAGCGCCAACGCAAAUAGUAGCUGCGAAACCGCCGCUGAUAGACUCAAUCGUCGCAUAGGGAACUUUGAACCCACUUGGCACCCCUUAACACCCGAUCUGACGCAAUGCCGUAGUCUAUGGUUAAACAGCUUAGAGGUACGCGUCAACCAACGAGAAUCAUCGGUUAUCUCAAUUGCAAAUGAUCUGUCGGAGGUGACUAGCAGUAAAACUCUGUAUGGCGGUGAUAUGCUUGUUACCACAAAAAUUAUACAAACCAUGUCGGAAAAAAUGUUUCAUGACAAAGAAACAUUACCCGAUCAACGCCAGCGUGAGGCUAUCAUAUUAGAGCUCCUACAUGGUGUAGUAAAAACUGGUUCAAAUUUAUUGGACGAGUCGCAAUUAUCAUCUUGGAUGGAUCUAAAUCAGGAAGAUCAAAUGCGUGUUGCAACAUCGCUGCUUACGGGACUAGAGUACAAUGCAUUUCUGUUGGCCGAUACGAUAAUACGCGAGCGGAAUAUUGUGCAAAAAGUCAAAAAUAUAUUGUUAUCUGUACGUGUUUUGGAAACAAAGAAUAUCCAGAGCAAUGAAGUUUUCCCAGACCUCGAACAGUGGCAAAUCAGUGAUGACCGCAUUGAGUUACCACGAACUGCGUUGAUUGAGAACAGCGAAGGUGGGCUUGUACGCAUAGUUUUUGCUGCAUUCGACCGGCUAGAAUCGAUUUUGAAACCAUCAUACGAUCAUUUUGAUUCCAAGAGCUCCCGUAGUUACGUUCGCAACACUGCUUUACUGGCAAGUGAACGCAAUGAUACAGGUGCAGCUGCUGAUAUCCAGCAGCAACGCAUACGCAUACUAAAUAGUAAGGUGAUAUCGGCUAGUUUGGGCAAAGGGCGUCAUAUACAACUAUCACAACCCAUCAAAUUAGUUUUGCGGCACAUAAAAACCGAGAAUGUGACAAACCCAACCUGUGUCUUUUGGAACUACAUAGAUCACGCUUGGUCGGCAAAUGGGUGCAACUUGGAGUCUACAAAUCGUACGCACAGCAUUUGUAUGUGCAAUCAUCUCACCAACUUUGCCAUACUAAUGGACGUUAUGGACGAGCACAAUCAUUCGCUGUUUGGCGUCUUUAAUGGCAACAUGCGUAUACUUAUCUACAUCAGCAUAUCGAUUUGUCUGGUGUUUGUGGUCAUUGCAUUGCUAACGCUUAAGAUCUUCAAUGGCGUAUUCAUAAAGGUAAGCGGUCGUCGUGGUAGUCAGGGUGGUCUUGGCGGCAGUCAGCGACAGCGCGGCAGCCGCCGCCAGAACAAUAUACGUGAUCAGACGCAUGAAACGCUCGCAAUUACUUCAGCGUCGGGUACAGCGACAACAGCAUCCGGCUCAAGCGGUGAGCCAACACCCACUAACAACAUACAAACUCUACAACAGCAACUCAACUUACAACAUAUACCAAAUAUAAUGGGCGCGUCGGGUAGUCAUCACGCUAGUGCAACGCCCUCGAAUUUCAUACAACACAAUUCAAUACGAAAUUCGAAUCGCAACAACUUGAAUGCUAACAAUUUCAAUCUGCAGCAACAGGCCGCGCAGCAACAACAACAGCAGCAGCAACAACAAGUCGUGGCUGCCGCCGCUGCUGCAGUUGUGGUGGCACAGCAUAACCAACGCAACUUACAAAUGAAUAAUUUGAAUUUGAACUUAAACUUACAACCGCCACAUCAUCACAAUCCGCACGGUCACAAUCUGAAUCAGCCGGCAACGUCUACGCAUAUGCAUGUUAGCGCGGCGGCGGCACAUGCACCCCAUCACGGCACCAUAGAGACGUCGAUGAGUAACACGACGUCCGUGGCGGCCAUGGCGGCGGCUGCUACAAUUGCUGCAGCGCUACAGCAUGCGGGCAGCAAUAAUAAUUUGAAUGUGAAUCGUAACAGUAAUAAUGUGGGCGUCAACAAUCGCAUUGGUGAUGCGAAUACAAAUACAAAUAAUAUUAUAAUGCAAGGAAAUAUGGAAGAUUUACAGUAUAAGUGGUGGUGGUGGUGAAAUAUUUCAUAUGAUUAAUGUUCUUUGUUUUUUUAUUUGAGUUUAUGAUAAUUAUGUAGACGAUUAUUUGGAUAAACGUACAUAUAUGUAUGUAAGUAGCUUAGUUUAUACAUAAAGGUAAAAGCGACUUAGCCGCUUUAAAAUACUUUAGAAGGAACGUGAAAUUCUAAAUUGAUUAAGUUGUUUAUGUUUUUUAUGCAUUCGAUUUAUAAUUUUUAUUGUUAUUUGUACUGAUUAUUGUAGUAGUAAAUGUGAUAUACUGUUAAGUAUAAAAUUUUUUAGUGAUUUAUGACAUUUACUUUAUUUUAGUGCCUUAUGGCGUUAGUGCAUGUGUAUUUAAUUGCUUGGAUUUUAAGAUUUUCUUUUAAUUUCUCAUUUUUUUAGUGUGUAUGUUCUUGUGUUUUUUUUAGUAAAUUUAGUUCAUAGAAUGCAUAUGAUUUUUAAUGUUUAUAUUAUUUAAGUUAGCAUAAAUUGCAUAUGUUUUAGUUUGGCAUUUAUUUAAAAUCUCAUCACAUUUCAUACAUAAAUCACAAUAAAUGUCCUUUUGCGUAUUUGAA